AUGAAAAGAACGAAAGGGCAGAAGAAUAAGAAGCUGAUUGUUGGAGCAAACGAUACGUUGGCAGUUUACAAACAGCUGGUCAGAAUCCCCCCAACUAUAGGUUUCCGUGGUUGUUUCCGACGAAGUCCAGCAGUCAUAUGGCAGCAGUUGAUCAACUUCAGCUUCGGCUAUCUCUCAGUUGACUUCUGCAUCAGCCACUGUGAGAGGAAUGGUUAUAUGCUAGCGGGCAUCCAAAGUCCCAGCUCGUGUGGCUGUGAGAACAUCUCCCCCUCCCUCCACUUACACGACGGAGUGGACCCCGCCCACUGCAUGUUGGUCUGUGUGGACAAGCAGUCGUGUGGGGGUCCAGGGUAUGUGUCAGUGUACAGGACCAAAAGCCUCAGACACAUUUGCUCAUCAUCCGAAUCAACUCCUCAAGAUGCGAUUUCUCAAAACGUGAAAGAGAGCCCAGCCUACCUUCUAGGGGUCAAGGGGUCGGGUACCUCUUGGAUAUCUACUCUAAUCCGAAGCAGCAUCGGGCUGGAUGACCGAACGAAGGAAUCUAUCACUCUUUUCAACCAUCAAAUACUACAGGCAACUCACGAACUAGACUCCAUGGUUCUCGUAGAUCCGAAGACUAAAGUCGUCGUUCUGUUACGUAAUCCUUACGCAACUUUCCUGUCAAUGUUUCGUAGGAAAAUUGAAGCUGAAAAUAACAUGGAUACACAUCAUACGUAUCUAGACUCGAAGAUUUUAGGGGAUUACGGGUGGGAGAUGUUUGUCAGUGAAAUAAUGCGGAGCUGGGACGUGCAAUACAAGUUUUGGAUCUCAAAUGUCAAAAGGGAAAAUUCGAUGAUCAUCUACUAUGAGGAUUUUUUGGUGAACCCAGUUGGACAAAUUUCAAGGAUGCUUCGAUUCUUACAAGUCAAAUUCAAUUCGCAACGCCUACUGUGCACACUUGAAAACUACGUGCGAAAAUACAACCCGGAUGUGUCGACUUUCCUUCCGUACAGCAGAAACGACACGGCAAGAAUUCAAAAUUUGGUGGAUUCGGUAUCAUUAGAAAUUACCAGAAGAAACUUUAUGCCGAUGCCUCUGUACACGUUUGAAAACCGAACUUCAAGGCUGGAGCAAAGUAAGAAUCCGAAACACAAAGCCUACUACAAUGGCCAGAAGAAAGAUCUCUAA